UAAAAUUCGCGGAAUCUUUUUUAAAAUUAUUUUGAGAAUAGUUUUGAGAACAAAUUGCAAUCGGAAAUUGUUCAUGACACAACGCUUCAAAAAUCUUUAUAAAAAAGACUUUAUAAAAUAAACUAUCUAUUCAAGUAGUAAUGGGAGUCCAGAAUCUUGCAGAAUUAGAGACAUUUUGUGAGCAACUUUAUCAAUCUUCUGAUCCAUCUGUACGUUUAAAGGCCGAAGAAGCACUCUUACAAUUUUCAUCAUCUUCUGAUUGUUUGCAAAAAUGUCAAUAUUUACUUGAACAAGGAACAACUUCAUAUACUCAGUUGUUGGCAGCUUCUACAAUUACAAAAAUGAUAACUGGAGGCUCCUCAAUCUCGAUUGCACAACGUGUUGAUAUUCGAAAUUAUGUAUUAAAUUACUUUGCUUCAAGAUCAAAGCUUGUUCCGUUUGUAGUUCAAGCUCUAUCUCAGCUUUUGGUGAAACUAACAAAGUUUGGUUGGUUUGAGUCUCAAGAUGAUAAUUGGGUGUUUCGAUCAAUAACAAUCGAUAUUAAACAGUUUUUACAAGGCUCUAUAGAUCACUGCAUUAUUGGAGUAAAGUUACUAACAGAACUUGUUGCAAGUAUGAACCAGAGUGAAGAAAAUCUUUCACUAACCAAAAAUCGUAAGAUAUCUGCUUCAUUUCGUGACACAGCCUUGUUUGAGAUAUUUACAUCAUCUCUUGAUAUGAUCAAACAGGUAUUGAACAAAAAGAUUGAUUUUCAAGACCAAUCACAGGUGUCGCUAUUAGGAUUUCUUCUGCAGCUAGUUCGGGUUUGUUUAAUGUAUGACUUUAUUGGCACUUCUUUUGAUGAAUCAACAGAUGAUUUUGGAACUGUUCAUGUUCCUUCUACCUGGAAGCAAACAUUUCUAGACUUCUCUGUGCUACAUUUAUUUAUGGAUCUGUAUUUGGUUGUACCAUUAAAUUUAUCAUCUUUAGCACUCUCAUGUUAUGUCCAAUUAGCAUCUAUUCGACGCUCAUUAUUUGAUAUAAAUGAGCGUACAAGCUACUUACAAGAACUAAUGAAUGGAGUAAAAAAGAUACUUGAAUUACCUCAUGCUUUGGAAAAUACAGAUAACUAUCAUGAAUUUUGUCGACUUCUUGCACGAAUUAAGGCUAACUACCAGCUAGGAGAGAUAAUGAAAACUGAUUGUUAUAAAGAAGUUAUGGAGAUGAUCACAAAAUUUACUGUUACAAGUUUAAGAGUACUUCAUUUUGCUCCAAACAGUUUAUAUUAUUUACUGAAUAUGUGGCAAAAGAUGGUUUCUUCAUGUCCAUUUAUUCAGGCUACAGACACUCAUCUUCUAGAGCAGUUUACUCCUGAGAUCACUGAAGCUUAUGUGACAUCUCGGUUGGAAUCUGUAAAAGAAACUCAUCAAGGUGGUUUAGAAGAUCCUCUUGAUGAUAAAGCUACUCUUCAUCAGCAAUUAGAUCAGAUAUCAACAAUAGCACGCUGUGAUUAUCAAAAGUCAUGUGGUCUUUUGAUGCAAGCGUUUGAUCAAACAGCUCAAGUUUACCAAGAACUUCUUUCUGGCCAAUCAAUAUCUUCUUCUUUUCUUAUACAAGAAGGAAGAAUGACUUGGCUUGUAUACAUCAUUGGCUAUUGUAUAGGAAGUCGUGUUUCAUUUUCUUCUACUGCUGAACAUGACAGACUAGAUGGUGAACUUUCAUUAAGAGUACUUCAACUGAUGAACUUAACAGACAUGAAAUUACCUCAAGUUGGUUCUGAAAAGCUUGAAUUAGCAUUAUUGACAUUUUUUGAUCAAUUUAAAAAAAUUUAUAUAGGAGAUCAAAUCAAUAAAUCUUCCAAGGUUUAUCAAGUAAUAUCGGCGCAUCUUGGAAUUAUUGAUGAAUCAGCAAUGUUGGAACUUUAUACAAGAAAAAUAAUAACAAAUAUGAAAUACUGGUCACAUAGUGAAAAAAUUAUAAGUGCAACAUUAAAUUUAUUAAAUGAUCUUUCCAUUGGCUAUAGUAGUGUAAGGAAGCUGGUAAAAUUAGAUGCAAUUCAAUUUGUAUUAAAUAACCAUACUUCUGAACACUUUCCUUUCUUGGGUAUUCAAUCAAAUGCUGUGACAAAGUGCCGUUCAUUAUUUUAUACUGCGCUUGGGCGCUUUCUUCUUGCUGACAUUGGAGAUGAAGAAGAAAGAUUCAAAAUAUUUACUUUACCAUUGUCAUUGACUCUUGAAAAUAUAUCUACACGUAUUACUCCAAAUAGCUCAUCCACUUUUGACGCAUGUGAAACAAAGUCUUUAAUUGUGGGGUUAUGCAGAGAUUUAAGAGGAUUGGCAUUUGCAUUUAAUACAAAGAAUAGCUUUCAAAUGUUGUUUAGUUGGUUAUAUCCAGAGUGUACAAAAUUAAUUCAGCGUAUUUUAGAAAUGUCUUAUCAUGAUCCUGAUAUUGCAAAUUGUGUUUUAAAACUCAUGUGUGAAUUGACACAAAAUCGUUCUCAGAGAUUACAAUUUGAUAUUAUGGUAGCUGAUGGUAUACUAUUAUUUCGCGAAAUCAGUAAAACAUUAGUUACAUAUGGUAGCAGAAUUCAAACUGUUUCAAGUUAUCCUUCAGAUAAGUUAUACAACACAAAACUAAAAGGUAUUUCUAUAUGUUUUAACAUGCUUAAAGCAGCGUUAUCAGGUGGCUAUGUAAACUUUGGUGUUAUGAGAUUGUAUGGAGAUAGUUCAUUGGAUAAUGCAAUAGGUGUAUUUGUUAAGUUGCUUGAGUCAGUUGAACAAAGAAAUCUGCUGGAGUAUCCGAAAUUGAGCAAAAGUUACUAUACUUUAGUAGAAACAGUUACGGAACAUCAUAUCGACCAUAUUUGCAAACUUGAUCCUCAGGUUUUGAUGUAUAUUAUAUCGACUGUAUCAGAAGGACUCACUGCACUUGAUUUGGGUAUUUCAACUGGCUGUUGCUCAGCUUUAGACCAUAUUAUAUCUUACUUUUUUACAAACUGUCAAAAAGCUAAUAAAAAUGAUUCUACAAAAGAUCAACAUGCAGCUUUAAAAUUACUUGAUCUAAGAUCAGAAAUAUUCCAACAGAUGCUCGCCACUAUAAUGAAUAUAGUAAUGUUUGAAGAUUGUAGAAAUAUGCACACAUGCAAUAUUCGUGGUUUUUCAGCUUAA